AUGUUCAACAGACCUUCACUUCUUUGCCUGUGCUCAACUGGGAUGAAGUACCGCAGGCACAGUAUUGGAGACAUUGAGAGCACCCACUACGGCAAGUACCGCAAGUCGGUCAGUGCCUGGCCGAACCCCGAUCGCUCUGUUGUAUAUACCCGUCCCCGCGGUCGGCUGAGCGGACUGCUCCAGGCUACCGGUGCCUAUCCUACAUCUGACAGGACCUGUCUCUCCUCAAACAAAAUGUCGGCCUCUCCUAAGGAAAAUCCCUCAUCAAAACAGCCUCGGCCUCUAGCCUGCGUUCUGUGCCAGCGCCGGAAGGUGAAGUGCGAUCGGAAUUAUCCGUGUGCAAACUGCGUCAAGUCCAAAGCAACAUGCAGUCCCAGUAUUCCAGCACCGGUGCGGAAGCGUAGACGACCCAAUGCAGAGCUGCAGGCCAGACUUGCCCGAUGCGAGGAGCUUUUGGCCAAGUAUGCGGAAGCCAGCGAGGAGCCUCUGGAUUUUGAGACCAAGACUGUUCCACCACAGUCCUCAAACAUCCCGAAAUACCAAAACAACGAACUGAAUUGGAAGCCUGCUGGAAAGCUCGUCGUGGAAGAUGGUGCUGUGCGGUUCAUGGACAACUUCCUUUGGGCCACAGUUUACGAAGAGCUGCGCGGCAUGAGAGAGCUUGUUGAACAAGAAGACGAGGCAGUUGAAGCAGAGCCACACGAUUGGGACCCCGGAGCAUCGAUGCCCGACUAUAGCGAGUAUCUGCUUGUUGGCGGAAGUGCGGCCUACGACGAUCCCCGAGACCUAUACCCAAGCGCUGGUCAGAUAUUUCGCCUGUGGCAAAUGUUUCUUGAUCGGGCCAAUUCUCUCACCAAAAUCGUCCAUGCUCCAACAUUGCAACCCUUUGUGGUCGAAGCCGCCAGUAACCCUGGAUCCUUGCCACACAAUGCCGAGGCCCUUCUCUUUGCGGUCUAUAGUCUCUCUAUUAUCACGAUGACAGACGAGGAAUGUAUGACUAUACUGGGUACUACAUGCAAGACUGCUUUCCGGCGGUUUUCCUCCGGCGUGAGAACCAGUUUGUUCCGAGCAGAUUUCCUCAAGGCCCAUGAUUUAACGACCCUUCAAGCUUUGGUUCUACAUAUGAUGUCAAUCCAGGGGAGGUGCAACAUCCAUGGAGCGUGGAUCCUCAACGGCAUCUGUGUUCGUAUUGCACAGAAAAUGGGCCUCCAUAGGGACGGGGAGCUUCUUGGUCUUCCGCCCUUCGAAACAGAAAUGCGGCGCCGAAUCUGGUGGCAAAUAUUCAUGUUAGACUCAAAGUUUUCCAUGAUAUCGGGCCUGAGCCAGUCGCUGCUCCCUCGACCAAGCGACUGCAGACUGCCAAAGAAUUUGAACGACGCCGAUCUUCAUACUGGUGCGACGGAACGAUAUCAAGAACGCGAAGGGCCGACCGAAAUGGUUAUUCCGCUGUUGAUCUACCAGAUUGGCUUCUGCAUCCAUCAACAACAGGACAUCGAGUCCCUCAUGCUCCACAGCGAACUGAGCACCCUAAGUUCGGGCAGAAGAACCAAAUUACAAUCAGCUCAGAUUAGCGGCUUUAUCAAGACUCUCGAGGAUCGACUGAACAACGUCAUUGAGAAAAACUCCGAUCCUUCUGCCGGCCCAGUACACGAGUUUGCAGGUCUGUUGAAGUCCCUUGUACUUCAGAAAAUCAAGGAGACCAGUUGCACUCCGCAGGAGCAACCAGAAUGGGGCACGGAGAUCUUGACGCCGAAAGACAACCUCUUCAAGUGGUCCGUCAUGGUAACGGAACAGAGCAUCAAUGCGUACAAGCUGAACAAGCAUCCUGGGUUCCACUGGUUCCUGAAGCUGCUCUUUCAAUAUGAUGUUGUCAUCUUGAUGGUAGGCCAGCUGAGCCAGCGCUUGACGGGAGCCUUGGUCGAAAGAGCGUGGCAACAAAUCCCCGCCCUCUACGAGUACCAUCCCGAGUUCCUCGAUCCUUCUCAAGAGUACAACAUUGCUCUGGGCAACUUCAUCUUGAGAGCGUGGAAAAUUAGAGAGGACUAUCUUUGUUCUCGACACGGAAUACAGCCAAACGAGCCAGAUUACGUAGAGACACUUCGGAAAAAUUUGGGGUCGCAUCUGAGCAGAUCUAGAGCUGGCACAGAGCCACCUCGGUCAUUAGGACCCCACGGCCAUCACCCCGCGGCCGAGGCGGACGAUGGGCAUCCUCCUCCCAUGGAUCAGCUGUUUUCGAGAUAUCUAAGCGCGAACGCCUCUUGGGAUCCUUUGGCUAUGCCAGACCCUGAACACAUCAACAGACAGCUGUCCACAUUUGAUGGACUGGACAUGGGGACUCCCACGGGCUGGUGA